AUGACAACCUACGAGAAAAUAGUCAAAGGAGCGACAAAAGUCAAGGUGGCUGCGCCAAAACCUAAAUAUAUCGAGCCGAUUUUAAUGGCCACUCUGAUGGAUUAUCGGACAGGAGCCGAGAACUUUUCUACGAUUAUGAGAACGUUACAAGUUCGGCUCCAAGAUAAUGCUUGGAGUGUGGUUUAUAAGCUGUUAUUGGUGAUUCAUAUCAUGAUCCGGGAGGGAGACCGGGACGUUGUGUUGGAGUAUUUGAGUCGCAAAGCUCCACAUAUGCUCAAUUUAUCGCUGUCCAACAUCUUUCGAAACUCCAGCCACAAUAGUGACGUCAAAUAUAUCGUCAAGUACGCCAAAUACCUUCAAGUUCGGGUCAAGCAAUUUGACUUGACCGGCAUAGAUUACGUUCGGGAUGAGAGAUCAAAUAAUAGCACCAGUCAAUCUGGGGGCCGGUUGCGAUCUCUUCUGGUGGAAAAGGGGUUGCUUCGGGAAACCGAAAGUGUUCAAAAGCAAAUUGACGCUCUCCUCAAGAAUAGUUUCAUGGAAAAUGAAAUCAACAAUGACAUGUUGUUGACGGCAUUCAGGCUCUUGGUCAACGACCUCUUGGCGCUUUUCCAGGAGCUCAAUGAGGGAGUCAUCAACUUGUUGGAACACUACUUCGAGAUGUCUCGAGUUGAUGCCGAAACAGCCCUCAAAAUUUAUAAAAAGUUUGUCGACCAAACAAAAUACGUCAUAGACUACUUGCGGGUGGCCAAGCAUCUCGAGUAUGCUACAAAGUUGCAUGUUCCUACUAUAAAGCAUGCCCCCACCGCAUUGACGUCUUCUUUGGAGGAAUAUCUCGAUGAUCCCAACUUUGAAGCGAAUAGAAGGCAAUUUCUCGCUGAAAAAGAUCUCAAGUCGAACACAAAGAGUGGGAACACAUCUGCUCCUCAGAAAACGCUUCUUGAGAACCAGAAAGACAGCGAACACCAGCGUGUCAAUAGCAUUGUUGUACAGCAAUCAACUUUCAACCCUUGGAGUGAAAUUAACCAAACCAAUCAAACUCCGCAAUCAUGGUCUCAACAGAACUCGGCCAUCGUUCCAGCUAGCACUGGAGUCGGUUUCGGAGGAUAUGGGCCACAGGUUCAACAAAAUACCGGUAAUCCUUUCUUGCAGAACCAGGAUCAACUGCAGCUUCAACAACAACAAAUGCAACAACAGCAACUUCUCCAAAUGCAACAGCAGCAAUUGCAACAGCAGCAGACUCAACAGCAGAUUCAGCAACAGCAAUUACAGCAACAGCAAACCCAACAAUUCCAGCAACAACCAUUUCAGCAACAGCCAUUCCAGCAAUUACCGCAACAACAGACCCAGCAGUUUCAGCAGUUUCAACCUUUGCAACAACAAAAUACUCAGCCGUCGCUUACUAGAUCGGACACUAAUCCAUUUGCCUAUGCAAAUAGACAAUCUAUGCAGCCUGCAAACACUGGGAAUCCAUUUGCCAAUACCAGAUUUGCAACGGGAAGUACUACUACUGCUCUCUCCAAUGGAGGGGUUGGUAUCGCACCACAAAGAACCUACACUGGUUCAAAUCCGUUUGCUGUAUCCGAGACCACGUCAAAGCUUUUUGACCAGGCAUCAACUCCAAAGGUGCAACCAAUUCAGCACCAGCCCACAGCUGGUGGUCUAGAGAACUUGCCAACGAUUCCUGUGUUCCCUGAAACGCAACGGCAGGCCAUUAAAACCGCAUACUGGAACAAUGCACAAGCUAGCCUCCAUCAAAACUCAACUGGAUAUAACCAGUUCCUGCCAAAUCAGCCACAAAGUCAAUUUGGUUAUCAGGGUACGGGUGCGCAGCCAAUUCAGCAGCAACCUACAUACCUGGCUUAUAAUGGCCCUAGUUUAAUCUAG